UCACGUCACCCCUCCCCUCCCUCCGGGUUGUUGUUGUUGUUGUCAGUGGGAGAGGAGGAGGGCUCGAAGCUCGCUCCCAGGCGCUCUUUCAUUCCUCACCGCUUUCGCCAUCGCUAUAAAUCCCCAUUUCUUGUAUAACCAACCCUCUCAUCGUACAUUUGUUUUUUUGUUUCGCGAAAUUUGUUUUUCGGUGGGUAAAAUAAUUGAACUGUUUUAGAACAACAACAAAAAAAUCUCUUUCUGAGGGAUUUUUUGUUGUUGUUUGUUGUUGUUCCUGUGUGUUCGUGUCGAUGUAAUUCCUGUAGCGGUAAUUACAUUGAUAUAUUUUUUUAUGUCAGUUCGGUUGCGGGUGAUUAGUAGCAGUUGUUGUCGUCCUUCCUCGUCCGGGGCUUGGUGUUUAUCGCGGAGAAUCGAGACGCGGGCGCCGAGGCUGGUGACCAAAGAAAGUCCUCCAUGAGAAUGAAGUCCGAGAUUGGCAGUGCGGUGGAGUUCAUCGCGGGUUUGCUCAGGUCAGCUGGCUGCUCCCACUCACAGGUUGCGACCUUCAUUACAUCACUGGAGUCGCUGCUGGCAGAGCACUACCAGCAGCACUGGUUCCCCGAGCGGCCGUGCAAGGGCUCGGCCUACCGCUGCAUCCGCAUCAACCACAAGAUGGACCCGCUGGUGAGCCGCGCGGCGCUCUCCAUCGGCCUGAGCGCCCCCAGCCUCUUCCGGCUGCUGCCGCGGGAGCUCACGCUCUGGGUCGACCCCUACGAGGUCUCCUACCGCAUCGGCGAGGACGGCUCCAUCUGCGUCCUCUACGACGGCCGCGCCGCCACGACCGCCGGCGCCCCGUCGGAAGGGACGUCGGCGCCGCCGUACAAGGGCCCGACGAAGGCUCGCGGGGCGAAGGGCGUGCCCGGCACGCAGGCUCGGUGCGCGGCGUCGGCAAAAUCGGCCGGCUCGACGCGGGCGGCCGGCGCGGGCGGCGGCGGUGUCGGCGGCAGCUCCGGAGCGGGAGUGGCGGCUUCUACGCGGCAGGCGGCCCGCGGCGGUCACCCGCCCACCAAGUGCAAGGAGGAGGUGGCGGCGGCGGCGGCGGCGGCGGCGGCGUCGGCGGGGUCCGCGUCGCACCAGCAGAGGCCGGUGCACCUGCGCGGGGCGGAGCACUUUGUGAACGUCAUGGCGGUUUACAGCUAGCCGCCGCCGCCGCCGCCGCUACCACCGCCGUUGCUCGCCGGCCGCGCCGCACCGCACUGUAGAUUUGUUUGUUUUUGGUAGACGGCUCGUGCGAGCCGGUAGCCUAGAGGCAUUUGUCUUUUGUUGGGGGGGGGGGGGGGGGGGUCGGGGUUGGUCUUGGGAAAUAAAGGAUUUGUCAUAAAAGUACAUUUGAAAGGGACGGGGAGAUUUCUGACAAUUUUACACGUUUAGUGUUUUGUUGUUGUUUGUUGUUGAGGGAACUCUGGUCGACGAGGGUUCCGUGAGGGCAGAAUGAAAGUUUGUGCCGCAGUGUGAAUUGCCGCGACGAUUGUUUAUGGCGCGCCAAGUCCUGACGACGAGCAUUGCUCGGCCGCCUCGUUUCUUCCGUAGCACCUCGGCGAGUGCCACGUUACGGCCGCCCCCCCCGUCGACUCGGAUGUCAAAAAUCCACCCCCACAAUGCAAUUCGUAAGAUCUACAGUCACCUCGCUCCCAGGUCUCCCUCACGACGUUUUGAGCAUCGUUAACUCUCGUUGAAUGUCAUCAUCGUCGGCAUCGGCCGUGGUCGGUCCACCGCCGGACGAUCGCCACCGCUGCCACUCGCGGUCGUGCAAAGUAACCACGCAACCCGGCAGCCCCCCGGCACGCGAGCCGACGUCUGCAGUCGGGAAAGUCUCGCGGGUCUGGCCGCAGGUCAUGGGCUCUCACCACCGGCGACAUUCGUCAGUUCGGUGUCACCGUUUCUAUUUCGGCACAAACUUUAGGCCCUGUCGUCGAUCUUCGUAGAUUGAUCAGAAACUCCUCGAGUCUGCGAGUACACGUCGUCGCCGUUACAUUCGCUGUUUCCAAAUGUUGGCAGAGUCCCCGGGGCAGACGUUUGUUUUCGUUGUUGAAAGAGAGUCGGUGAAAAAGAUUUGCAUCAUCAUUAUUAUUGUUGUUUUGGCAGCUACUUUUGGUGUUUUCUCUGUCAAGUGUCUGUCGUGGCACCGCGUCACAAAUAAUCACCGAGAAAGCUGUUUAACGAGACGAGAAAAUGAUACGUGCAUUUAUUUUAAAGAAGUGACAUGAAAAGGAGACGCUGCCGUUCACGGUGAGACGGUUCCGUCUUCCGGCGGGGGGUGGGUGGCUGGGGGGGGGGGGGCGGCCUCCCGGUUUCAUCUCCUGGCGUGGCAGUCGAAGCAAUGUGGGCAAAGUUUCUCAAAUCGCCUUUUCCCCCACCGCCGCUGUCCGCCCGGCGGUAUACAUCGGUUGGCGGCGGUCCAUCGGCAGGUGGGGUAAAGUGUGGGCUCUCCCACCUCUUCCAAGGCGUCUGUUUCGGCGAGCGAAGACAUUGCAGGGAUGCACCUUUUAGCCAGGAGGAACGAUUGGCAGAAUUUGAGCGUUGGCACUCGGCAAACAAGAGAAGCUCUCGAGCCUUAAAAAAAUUGUAACAACACGAAGACUGCCUAACGCGGCGGGGGGGUAGGUUUUAGCAGAGCGAAAAAGUUCCUGUUGAAUUUGUAUUCGGUCACAAGCUCUUAAGCGUAACGUACAAGCGAGAGUAAGUGUUGUAUAGAUGAAUUAAGUUUGACUUUUGAUGAGAUUUCUAUUUUAAAAAGAAAAACAUGAGAACACUUUGCGCUUUAUACUGUAAUAAAAUUGUGACACUUAAAA